AUGGCCAAUUCCAUCAUGUCCACCCUGUCCCAGUUGGACCCAGAAGUCUGUCACAAGGCAUCACGAUAUGCACUUCGAGUCUGUGAGGAAAUGACCAAGAGAUCUAGUUUGAUUUCUGAUAUUGAUGAUGUUGUGCCCAGUUUCUCCAGAGAAGAAAUUAUCCCCAACUUGGGGGAGCUGCUGGGGAAGGGUGGAUUCAACAAUGUGUACGAACUCCACAAAAUAGACUUGUUGUCUCCAUCACCCAAUGUAACGAUUGAAAAACUGAGAGGUCGUCUUGCCAACACUAAAGAAAAACUCGCCGUCAAGUUUCUUUGUGACGAUGCAAUGACAAAUCCAGACGAAUUUUGUAACGGGGCAGCAGAUCUUUUGAUGGAAGCAAAAUAUCUGAGUGCCUUGGCAAAACACCCACAUCCGGGCCUUAUUCAGUUGUAUGGAGUGGCAGCAGAAGGAGCUUCUGGGUUUUCAUCUGGUCUCAAAGGGGGGUAUUUCUUGAUUAUUGACCGAUUAUACGACACUUUGGACCGAAGAAUAGAUGUAUGGAGAGAAGUCAGAAGAAGGAGGUCCAAAGACACAUCCAGCACAACCAACCGAAAGCUUCUCAAAGCUCUCUACUUUCAGCGGAUAAUGGUUGCCUAUGACAUUGCCCUGGCUCUGAAACAUCUUCACAAACUAGAAAUUGUCUUUCGAGAUUUAAAGCCAGACAACAUUGGUUUCGGCUACAACAAUACGGUGAAGUUGUUUGAUUUUGGAUUGGCGAAAGAGCUGGAUCCAUAUCAAAAACUUGACAAUGGGCUGUACAAGAUGAGUGGAGGCACUGGUUCGAGACGAUUUAUGGCCCCUGAGGUGUCACUCUCAGAACCAUACAGUCUCAGUGCCGACGUUUACUCGUAUGCCAUUUUGCUCUGGGAACUCUUGAGCCUGGAAAAGGCGUUCGGAGAGCUUUCAUCGGAUGAACAUAAAGAGAAUGUGAUCAAAGGUGAUCAGCGACUACCAUUUGACAAGGAUUGGCCGCUGCCAGUUACCUACCUGUUGAGUGCAUGUUGGGACCCAGAUCCAUUCAAGCGCCCAAGCGCCCGUGAUGUUUGCAAGGCUCUACGUCAAGAACUGAGCAUGUGCUAUGAUUCUUUGAGGGCAAAGAAUUCUGGGGGGCAGGAACGACGCCCGAGCUACUAG